AUGGGUCUAACCCAGCCGGGCGGUCCUCCUGACGGUGGCUACGAUUCGCCAAAUGUGCCGGCUUUCCCGCCCUUCGACCCGAACGCCCCAUACAUCCCGAUCUCGGUGCCGGCUGAUGGGGGUGCUGGCGGCACGAUCAUCACACAGGACAUCUCAAUCAACAUCGAUGCCGAUGCGCUAAUGGAGGCGUUGGGAAUGGGGAAAGGUGGCAAGGGCGGAAGCGGUGUUCGGUCGUGCAGUAGCCGCUCCUACGGAAAAACAGGCACGGUCGGUUAUGUUAACAAGGCUGGACCAAUGGGUCAUUUUCAGUACAUGACCGAAUUGACGUUCUACGGAUUCCGCGGCGCUGAGCUGUCGUCAAACCCGGAUCGCUGUGUGGCCGCUUGCUACCAGGUGGCAGAGUGCCAAGGUGUCGAGUGGUACAACGGCAAGUGCUACCGGGCCUGGUUCGAGCGCCGCGACAGGUUGCCGAGGACCCGUGGCAGUACCCAGCUGAGGACGCGUGGAUGCUUCGGCAAAACCGAACUCCGCGGCCAACUCAUCGGAAUGCCGCGUUGGUGGGUGUACGCCGACCGUCAGCAUCGCUGGACCAAAACCAGGCCGACCGGGGUUGGCCAGGUCAAGGCGGAAAAUGGCCUAUUCUGCGUGCUGCGCCAAAAGGUGGCCGGGUGCAACCUUGUCGCACUGACCAUUCGAAAUGGCCGUCUAAACCUCGGCGGUACCGGAAGCGUCGUCGGCUACGUGGCAGAGACGAUUGGGGAGUGUGGCGCCUUUCAGGCAGUCAACGAAUGGCAGCUGUCGCUUCCAAAACUCACCGAUUUCGUGUACAUCCCGCCACCCGGUCAGGGUCAGAAGACGUGGCGCAACAAUGGACGCGUCUUCUACGUGUGGAUCAACUCCGGCGGAGGGACCACAUUCUACGCCUGCCUCGCACAGCCACUCCUGGCCGCGGAUCAUGGACCGCAGGAGGAGCUGCACCGAGAGAUCGCCAGCCGUCAAAACUUGACCAACAGACACGCUGGCGGCGGGCAAGGCUUCUUCCUGUGGAUCGUCUGGCUGCUCAGUGCGUGCGGCGCCAAGAUGUUGGGCUGUGUCCGACGACUUUGGAACGGCCCCAGUGCUGACGCAAAUGAGAAGAACCUUGAAGAAGGUAAAGCCCAGGGCUCCGCGGCUGCGUGCUCCUCAACUACUUUCCCACCGCCUUCACAGGAUCCGGGUACACGGCAGAUGGCAGGCAACGAGCAACGAGCGCAAACGAUGCAAGAACAUUUUGAGCGUUUCCGCCGCGCGGCGACCAGGGACGGCCAUCGCCAGGCCACGGAGCUCGGGCCAUUAACCAACGUGGAGCGUGUAGAAUACAUGGAUCGAUGCGAAUUAGAGCUGACGGAGUACUACGGUGGCUUACGAUUCAGUUUGCAAGACAGUAUCCGAGCGUUGGAUACAUCUUUUGAGGCCACCAAGGCGCAGAAAGUUGCACAUCUGGCUCAUCCGGCGACCAUGCUGCAAUUGACUUUGAGGUUGGAUGCGGUGGAGGCCGCCGUCACCGCCGAUCGAGGCAAUAUGAAUUGGCGGGAAGCGUUUCCC